AUGCAGCUCGUUCAGCGAAUUCUCCGCACCAAGGACUACUAUGACAUCCUCGAAGUUCCCAAGAAUGCCAGCGAAGAAGUGGCAAAGAAGGCCUAUAAGAAGCUGGCUCUGAAGCUUCAUCCUGACAAGAACCGAGCGCCUGGAGCAGACGAGGCAUUCAAAAAGCUUUCAAAAGCCUUCCAGUGCCUCACCGAUCCGGAGAAGAAGCAAGUCUAUGAUACGUAUGGCGACGAAGAGCGAAUUCCGCAGCAGCAUCGGCACCACUAUCAACAGGACUUCAUGACACCAGAGGACCUCUUUGCGGCUUUUUUCGGUGGAGGACCUGUCUUCCAUCAACAUCAGCGUCACCACGCACAUCAUCAAGACGAUGGACAGGCGCAGAGGAUGCAGAUUUUCCAAGCGCUGCCUGUUCUGCUUCUGGUGCUCCUGACCUUGUCCAACUUUGCCAAAGACGGCGGAGGUGGCCGCUUCUCGUUUCAAGCGAACAAUGCCUACCGCAACGAGCGGAGCACGGCCACGCUGAACGUGCCGUACUAUGUAACCGACGAUUUUGAGGAGCACUACAGCGAAGGCACCCGCUCCCUGGCAGAGUUCGACCGGCAAGUGGAGAUCUACCACAUACGCAAUUUGGGCAGUGACUGCGACUACCAGGAAAAGACGCAGUACAAAAAG